AUGCCCAGUGCCCCGGCUGCCACGCCAUCUCCCGGUGGUCGUGGCCGAGCUCGUUUCGAUUUUUCCGCCAAACCCGCUGCAAUGGAACGCUCCAACAGCAAACGUCCCGCCGCCCACAGUCAAGGCUCGGCAGUCAAAUCAAGCCCUGGCGGCAGCGCUAAAAAACAAGCCAAGCUAUUUUCAUUCUUUGGCAAAGCUACCACGCCAUCGACCAAGCCGAAAGUCCAGCCUGGCAAGGCUUCCUUGACAAGCGAUGCCACCUCUUUGUCCGACAAAUUUCAGCAGAGCCCAACCGCCCCCAACUCUGGAUCGCAAGCUUCCCCGUCGUCCACCCUUGCAUCUCCGCCUCCUUCAAUUCAAACGACUGUGGUCAAAUCCGUCAAGACCAAGCUCGAUGUCAGCCCUGACCAAGCCGUCAUUGCCCCUACCCAAACCCCAGCACGGCCGAGUAUGAGCACUGAGCCAUCAGCAAGGGCGACAAAGACACAACGUAGUGCUGUCGCUCGCUCUUCCUCGCCGCCUUUGUCCCAACGUGCGCGAGCUGCGGCACGUCGCUCGGAGCGUUCCAGCCCCAAGCGCGCCCGGGAGGUUCUCAUUGAGCUGGAAGAGUCGUCCUCCGAUGAGUCGGAAGAACCACUGAGCGAAGACGAGUACUGCCCGGAUGACGAAGAGUUGGAAGCCGUCAAGCGUGAAGAAAGUGAGGACUUGGACCAAGACUCAGAGAGCGAGGUGCCGGAUGAGAGUGAUGGCGUGCUUGAGUCAGAGCCCGAAUCAGACGGCGAGCGCCGUUCUGCGGCCAAGACCCGUCGAAAGCGGGCGCCCAGCUCCGCUAGUAAAACUCAAAAGGCAAUCAAGCCCUUUUCGCCAACCUCAGCUCACUCAGAGCUCGAUAAUUUUGCGGCACGGACGUCGCGAACCCCACCAAAGACUGUAGCUCCAAAAUCCAAUGGUCCCCUCUCCCAGAGCGAGGCCGGCGCCGGCGCCACCUCCAACGCUGGUCGCUUCCGCUUUUUGGCCGACCUGCGCGACUCUCAUCGUCGCAAACCAAGUGAUCCCAAUUAUGACCCAACCACGCUUCACAUUCCGACUCAAGAGUUUGAAAAACUCUCUCCGUUUGAAAAGCAGUACUGGACCAUCAAGAAAGACAACUUUGACACGAUUCUGUUCUUCAAGAAAGGCAAAUUCUAUGAGCUCUAUGAGCAAGAUGCCUUCAUUGCCAACCGCGAAUUUCAGUGGAAGAUCACAGAGCGUGUUAACAUGUCGAUGGCCGGGGUCCCAGAGUCCACAAUGAUCGACUGGGCGACGCGCUUCCUGGCGCUGGGAUUCAAGGUCGCGCGCGCCGAUGAACGGGAGUCUGCAUUGGCCAUGCAAAUGCGCCAAAGAAAGGAAGCUAAAGGCGGUCAGCCCAAUAAGAAGCUCCCAAAGAUCAUCGAGCGAAAACUGACGACCAUUUAUACCAAGGGCACUCUAAUGGGUGACUUUGUCGUCGGCGAUCUGAGUAGCUACAUCAUGGCCAUCAAGGAAAGCGAUGACGGAGAUGCCUAUGGCAUCGUCUUUGCGGAUACAGCCACCGCUGAGUUUUAUUUUUGCAACAUUACCAACGAUCAGCGCAAGAUUCAGCUGGAAACAAUCCUGGUUCAGAUCAUGCCCAAGGAAUUUGUUCUCUGCCGCAAUCAAUGCUCAAAGGAACUCUUGGCUUUGAUCAAAACGAACGUUCCGCACGCGGAUCUCUCAUGGCUGGAUGAACACCACGAAGGCUGGAGGCCAGACUUCGUCAAAAGCAUGGUGGACAGCGACAACUACAAUUUGCGACAAACGCGCCUGGAGGAGUUGAUCUCAGCCGACCUCACAUGGGCUGCUUUCGGUGGCCUGGUAUCAUAUUUCCAAAAAUUAUUGGUCGACAAACACGUGCUGCCUCAAGGUCGCUUUGAAACCUAUGAUCCUGUCAAGCAUGGUGCCAUGUUGGUGAUGGAUGGUCAAACGCUACAAAACUUGGAAAUCUUGACAAACAAUGUGGAUCGUACCAGCAAAGGAAGCUUGUUUGAACUCCUCUGCCAUACGGUCACGCCUUUUGGCAAGCGUCUGUUCCGCGAUGAGGUGGCCAUCCUAAUGAAAAGUCUGCCUGACUUGGAGCGCUUGUUGGCGCGAGUUCAUGCUGGCUCGUGUAAACUCAAGGACUUUUUGGAACUGCUCGAUGCGUUUGCACGCCUGAACGAUACAGCCCACCGCUGGGUAGCCGAUAAUCGUCUCAAUCAGGUUACAGCUGUGCGUUUGCAGCAACUUCUCACUCCGGGAAAGGCUCUCCCGCGUCUCGAAGAGCCAUUGGAACGCAUCAAGGCGAGUUUUGAUCACGAAAAAGCGCUUGCAGAUGGCAUCAUGGAACCUACCAUGGGCGCACUCUCUGAUUUCGAUGCAGCUACAACAACUUUGGAUACGUUGACAAAGGAACUUGACGUGCACUUGCAAAAGGCCAAGAACCGUCUGAAAAGCAACAAAGUGCCAAUGGCAGAUACCAAAGGCGUUCCAAGCGACUGGCGCCUGCUGUCCUCGACCAAGAAUUUCAAACGCUAUCACAGCCCCGAAGUCUUGGCACGCUUGCAGCCUCUCCUGGAAGCAGAGGAGACCCAGCGUCAAAUUCGUAGCCAGUUCUACGCCACAACAUUGUGCAAAAUGGACUCAUACGCAGAAGUUUUUAGCGCGGCAGUGGCGACUUGGGCGGAAGUGGAUUGCCUGCUGUCUUUGUAUCGCGCAACUCAUGUUUUUGGCGAUCCGUGUUGCCGGCCAGUGUUUGUCAAUGCAGCAGAUGCUGGGCAAAGCUCGGGAGCUUCGAUGCAGAUUGAAAGCUCGCGUCAUCCUUGCAUGUCGGAGACGGGUAUCGUGACCGAUUUCAUACCAAACGACAUCCGUAUUGGUGGUGAUGCUGCACCCGUAGUGUUGCUAACUGGGCCUAACAUGGGCGGAAAAUCGACCUUAUUGCGCCAAACCUGCAUCACCGUCAUCAUGGCGCAACUUGGCUGUUGGGUUCCAGCUGCGCGAUGUGUGCUUUCUCCGGUUGACCGCAUUUUCACACGAAUUGGUGCCAAUGACAACAUUAUGGCUGGGCGAUGUCGCACACUGUUUGCGACACAUUAUCACAUGCUGACGGAAGAAUUUCAACCAGAGCCUUUGGUGGCAAAUUUCAACAUGGCCUGCAUCGUCGACGAGGGCUCCAAGCGCGAUGUUACCUUCCUGUACAAGUUGGUACAAGGCGUUUGCUCAAAGAGUUAUGGAAUGAAUGUGGCCGCCAUGGCAGGCUUGUCGGAUGCGGUGAUUCAAGCCGCAGAGCACAAGGCUCGAGAAUGCGAAAAGAGCGCUGCUUUUCGCAGCUGCGGUCUUCGACAAAAGACGCAGGUGUGA